GAAUUAGUAGUUAACCUCACUAUUUCAACGUGUACUUUUUAAUUUGUUAAUGCAAAUUAAAAAAUGGUUAAAUUAACUAAAAUUAAAGAUAAGGGACUGAAUUCAUCAAAAUUAAAGGAUACAGGGCCAUCAGAUGUGAAGAAAAAUUCUAAAGACCGACGUAAAUCAAUAGGAUCUUUGAUAUCUUUAGAUUCAAAUGUGAACGUUAGUAAAGCAGAUAGAAGAAAAACAAUUUCUAGUUUAGAUAUUUUAACACCCUUAAAGAAGAAAAGGACUUUAUCAGAGAGUGAAACUGUUAAAACGCCUUUAGUUUCAUCAGGUAUUAAGAAAAAGAAGUCUGAUGCUGUUAAAAUUGAAGCAGAACCAGUAAGCGUUAGUAAAAAAGUUAAGAGGAAGUCGAGUAACGUUGGAUUAAAAGAAAAAAGUGAAAAUACUGAAAAUGUUGAUGAAAAACACCCUAAUAUUAAAGUUUCCGAUGUAGAAAAUGCUCUAAAAGGUGUUAUAAAGCUUGCAAAGAACAACCCAAAAACUCAAAAUAACUUAUUCAAUGAAGACCUACCACUUUUUCUUCAAAUCAACUCAUUUAAGAUUCCUAAAGCUAAAGGUAAAGUCAAGCAAGUGUUUCGAGUACCUCUAAAACAUUCCGUUUUACCACCUGAAGCUGAUAUAUGCCUGAUAGUUCCCGAUGUUAAAGGAAUUAAAAACAAGAACCAUGAAGAACAUUUAGCACACUAUGAAGAGUUGCUCAGUGCAAAAAAUGUAACUGGAAUUAAAAAAAUUAUGACUUUCCAUGAAUUUAGAACCGAUUAUGAUACGUUUGAGUUAAAGAAUCGACUAGUUGAUUUAUACGACAUGUUUUUGGUGGAUGGUAAAAUCAGUGGAAAGGUUGUUCAUAAAAGCGGAAGUAUAUUUUAUCAAAGAAGGAAACUUCCAGCUGCUAUAAAACUAGCUAUACCUAAGUUACAGUCACAUAUUGAAAAUGCAUUGAAGAAAGUGUUCUUUCAUAUGAGUUUAAAUGGUGAUAGUAAUUCUAUACAAAUAGGUCGAAGCCAAAUGCCGAGAAAUGAGUUAGUAGACAAUGUUUACAGUGCUGUCGAGUUUCUAGAAAAGCAAUUCCCGGGUGGUUUGGAUAAUAUAAGGAGUUUAAACGUUUAUACACAUACAGGAUCCAAUAUUCCUAUCUAUAUAUCUUUGAAAAAUCCCAAUGAUAUUAAAAUUGUAACGUUAUCAAGUAGAAAACCAAAAGAAUACAAGUCAGUAAAUGAUGAGUUAACUACACAAUAUGAAGCCAGUGUUACUGUUAGACCUGGAGGAAAAGUUAUAUUGAAGAGGCAUAAAAAUCAAAUCAAAGAUACAGAAAAAGAAGAAAUUGUUGAUGAUAGCAAAGAGAGUGAGCCUGUUGUUGAGACAGAUUCAACACAACCAAAAGAAAAACAGCAAAAAAAGAAAAGAAAACUUCAAGCGCAAGAUGAUAGUAUUAAUGAAGAAAAUACAGGUGAUGUUACUAUAAAUGAAGGUUUGAAGAAGAAAAUCAAGAAGGAAAAGUCACAAAAUAAAGAAAAAAAAUCUAAAGAAACUGUGUCUGACGAAGUAAAGCUUUCCAAAAACAGUUCUUUUGAGAAGAAAAGUGACAAAAAGAAAAAAUUGAAAACAAAAAAUAAAGCGCGUUGAUUGUUACUGUUUUAUAUAAAUUAAUAAAUGGUUUCUUAUUAUAUUAGCGUU